GUGUUUCUUCCGUGAACAGCCACAGCAACUCUCUUUCACAUUUAUUUGCCCAUGAUGUGAUUGUGAAACAUUAACUAGCAGUUUAAACAUUUGUCCCCUUCUCUGCAGAGAUAUUCACUCACAGAACUCAAAGACGAUGUGGUGUCAACCAUGACUUCCAGCAGAACAAACCCAGGCUCUGACAAACUGGAUAACCUGAACAGCCAGGUCAACGACGUGAAAGAUAUUCUGAAGGACAACAUAGGAAAAGUGUUAGACAGAGGAGAACGGCUAGAUGAUCUUAUUGGCAAGACAGAUGAGCUUCAAGCUACUGCUGAAUCCUUCCAGAGGACUUCCACAAAGAUUGCAAGGAAGAUGUGGUGGAGAAACAAAAAGAUGAUAAUCAUUCUUGUCAUUGUAGUGCUGAUUAUCCUAAUUGUGAUCAUUCUUCUUGCCACCAAUGUUAUUCCCACAUAGUCCUCAGGCUUCCUAUAGAAAGACCGCAAUGGUAAUGCUCUGUAACGUUCUUGUAUGUGUUGUUUUUCAAGAUCACUGCUGAAUCACGUGAAAACUGAAAUCAACUUGUAACUGAAGCACAGCCAAUUUGUCAAAAUGAAAAGAAAAAGGACUUAAACCCUGAAGCCCCUAUAGAAAUUAAAGAAGAAGUUCAUUUAGAA